AUGGCCGAGAAUGAGGACGACUUACAAAAACUACUCAACAAAUUCAAAGCAACAGCAGAAAAGUUUAAUAUGCUCAUAUCCCGUAAAAAACCCCAGGCAAUGGUGAUCGCAAAAGAACCGAUUAGAUGCAAGCUAAUGGUAAACGACCACAUCGUCGAACAAGUAAUGAGCUUUAAUUAUCUGAGAGUGGAAACAUAUAGUGACAGAUACCUUCUGAACGAGGCAAGAACACAGACAAAUAAGGCAGCCAGAAUCGCAGGCUAUCUCAGGGGCAUAGUAUGGAGGAACAAAUAUAUGAGCACGAAGAGCAAGAUCCGGAUAUACAAAACCUGCAUUAAACUAGUACUCACCUAUGCAGCAGAGACGAGAACUGAAACUUCGGGGACGAAAAGGAUGAUGAGGACAAUGGAAAUGAGGAUACUGAGAACUAUCAAGGGAGUUAGCCUCAGGAAUAGAAUAAGAAGUAACGAUAUACGGAGAGAGUUCGAAUUAUAA